UGAUAAAUUUUUUAAUGUAAAACAUUUUAAAAAUUCAAAUUGUUUUCUUGAACAAAUCUGCUUGUGGUGCCUGCCUGAAAAGAAAAACACUGGCGAAUCGUUUUGGUUAUUUGUUUACGUUGUUUUGUUUGGCGUUUAGUCAAAAAUAAGUAAAAUGUCGGAUGCUUGGGAGGAAAUACAAGCUUUAAAAAGCAAACGAAUUAGUCUUCGUGAGAAGCUACAGAAGCGAAAAAAAGAAAGAGAAGAUAUUCUGAGUUUAACGGGAGGACCUCUUAGACCACCUGAAGUUUCUCCAACGUCUUUAACUAAGUCGUUAACUACUGAAAGCACACGGGCCACAUCUGUUUCUACAAAGGCGACUGAUGAUUUGACUUGCAAGAUAGAAACUGGAGUUGAGCCAGUUAAGACUGAUCCUGCUGCUGAGAAAGAACUACUCCGAUGUCUCAGUGAGGUGUCGCUCACAUUACCUUCCAACAGUGAGCAGCUAGCUUCUAUGGUUGGUCGACCACUUCAGACAGUCACAAACCUUCUCCAGAAAUUUGCCACUCAACAACUUAUCAGUAUCAAGGAUUGGGGUAAGGAUGGCCUCUUGGAGGUUGUUAGUGCAGAACAUAGCAAAUUGUCCGCCAUGGUAUUGGAGCUUACAGAAUGUGAUGAAAUUGAAACAUCAGCCAAGAGCCGUGCACUUCUCCCUACUGCUAGAGGGGAUAAUAAAAGGAAGGGUGUGGAUAUUGAAGAUGAGCCUGGGAGCAAAGCUGCAAAAACACAAAGUUUAGACAAGGAUGAUGGCAAGAAAUCCAAGGAUAGAAAAGACCCAAAAUCAGAAGAUAUAAUGUCACUUCUCUCAAUGCCAUCAAUCAAAGAAAAAGAAAGUAAAAAAGUUGGAGAAGAAAUCUUAGAUCUUCUUAGCAAACCUACUGCGAAAGAAAGAUCCCUCACAGAGCGCUUCCGUUCACAAGGAGGUGCACAAGUGAUGGAGUUCUGUCCUCAUGGUACAAAAGCUGAAUGUGCCAAGGUAAAGCGAUCUAGUAAUGGUGCUAGUGCUCUACAAUGUAAAAAACUUCACUUCAAGAAAAUUAUACAGCAGCACACUGAUGAAUCUUUAGGCGAUUGCUCAUUCUUGAACACUUGUUUUCAUAUGGAUACUUGCAAGUAUGUUCAUUAUGAAGUUGAUGGGCCCACUGUACCAUUCCCCAGAGAAAUUUCUGGCCCUGGAGGAAAAUUAGAGAGUCCAGCUAUGUCAAAAGAUUCAACAAUUUUAUAUCCACCCCAGUGGGUGCAGUGUGAUUUAAGAUACUUAGACAUGAGGGUUUUAGGAAAGUUUGCAGUAAUCAUGGCUGAUCCACCAUGGGAUAUUCAUAUGGAACUACCAUAUGGUACCAUGUCUGAUGAUGAGAUGAGACAGUUGGGUAUUCCAACAUUGCAAGAUGAAGGUCUGAUUUUUUUAUGGGUCACUGGACGUGCAAUGGAACUUGGUCGUGAAUGUUUAAAACUAUGGGGCUAUGAACGUGUUGAUGAGAUAAUUUGGGUGAAAACCAAUCAGCUUCAGAGAAUUAUCAGAACAGGGAGGACUGGACAUUGGCUGAAUCAUGGGAAGGAACAUUGUCUGGUGGGAAUGAAAGGAAAUCCUGAUAACCUGAAUCGUGGCCUGGACUGUGAUGUUAUUGUAGCUGAAGUAAGAGCUACUAGCCACAAGCCAGACGAAAUUUAUGGAAUCAUCGAGCGCCUUUCCCCUGGCACAAGGAAAAUUGAAUUAUUUGGACGACCUCACAACGUCCAACCAAACUGGAUCACGUUAGGAAAUCAAGUAGAUGGUGUACGGUUAGUGGAUCCUGAACUUAUUAAGGCUUUCAGGGAGCGAUACCCUGAUGGAAAUUGUAUGACUCCUCCCAAGACCUGACAAUGUGAUAACAUCACUAGUUAGAAAAUAAAAGGAGGAACACAUGAUUGACUAUGGACAACUGGAGGAAAAGCAGCAGUUAACAAAUGUUUAGGCUUUCUUGAAGUGAUUUCAGAUUUAGAUUGAUGACAUAGUAGCCAUGCCAGAGUUAUUAAACAAGUUGUUGUACCCCAAAAAUGUGCAUUUUAACAACAGUAGUCUUGAUUUGGUGCAGAAUGAGUUUUGAAGGAGUCACCUGUCACCCUGUCCUACCUACGGUACUACUGUACUUUACUUCUGAAGAAAGUAAGAAAGUAUAAUUUAUCAUAUCGUGUGUUGGAUAAUCACAACAAAAUAAAAUGAUUGGAGUCUUGUUUUAUUA